AUGCAUAUGUAUCUUGCGAAUCUUCCGGAUUAUUAUUGUGCAUUAACUCUAUAUGAUGGAAAAUUACUUUUAAAUAGUUCUGAACGUGGUUUAUUCAAAAGCAUUGACAAGAUGAUUAGAUGGGAUUGGAAAUUGGAUUCAGCUGAUGACAGUAUGAUUAAAGAAUGGACAGCGCUUUUAAUUGUUAUAAUUCAUGAAAUUGCACAUGGUCUUCGAAGAACAAUCAUUCCAAAAGCACGCAACUUGAUUUUAGCUCAAACACUACCAAAAAGUAUUGUUGAUAGUCAACGUGAAGCUGGAUUUUGUUUAGAAACAUUGCUUUUUGGGCGUAAAGUUGAAUCAAUUGGUUUACCUGAUGGUGAAUAUCUAUUGAAUGCGGCCAAUUGGACAGUUGCUAAUGUUGAAAGUUUUCAAAAGAAAUUGACAGACGUAACAACAAAAGAUGAAGAAGAAAACGGAAAAACUCGACUCAAGUUACCAUGUCGAUGUGUUCAAGAACCCAUCCUUGGUGCUCGUAUUCGAAUUGGUGGUUGUGCAACAUCACAAUACCCCAUUCAUCUCAAUAACUGA